UGGCACAGAUAUUCCGAGAUACUUUCGGAUCCAAGCUGCUCACCGAUCCUCUCGACACUCAUCCGCUCGUUGAGGAUCAGCCGUUGCCAUCACCAUAUGCUCUCCGGCAUAAAAUUAUAAUUAAAGCAAAAAAAUCGAAGCCUCCAAGGAUUCAGCGGAAAAAUCAGCUCUCAGAAGAAGCGUCCGGUAGUCUUGCAUCGGAAGGUUCGUUUGACAACCUUCCUCAAUUAGCUCCUGAUCGAAAACCGAGUAUUCCUCCCCUCAAAGCGAGCGAGCUAGCUCUACUGGCAGACGAAGUAGUAGAGCGACAGCUGUGCCCAGAGAAAGAAGAGCAUUCGACAAGUGAUCUCUCAAGGAUUGUCAACUAUCUUACAGCAGAUAAGGUGCCUCACACAUGGAAUGUGAUCGGCGUCUUUUUCCACAUGUGUUCGUUGAGCGAAGACGCUUCGAUCAAAAUUUAUAAGGAUACGGCACAACGGCAGGCUAACAACCUCAUCAAAACAUGCUUCAAAGAGGUUAGUUCGUGUGUUUCCAGCAAACAUGCGAAUCACCUCGGACAACUACCUUCCCUAUGUAAGUGA